AUGAGGCUGCUCUGGUGGAGCUUGUUCGUCCUGAACCAGUGGAUUCUGCGAAAGGUGCAUGGCGUGGAGAAACAGGUUAGCAAAUCUCUGGAUUACCUGGAGCUAGGCGCAACAAGGUCCAUCAUGAAGACCCUCCCGUACGGUGUAGCCGACGGAGGGGGUAUAGAGGCACCAGGAGGAGUUAAACCAGACAUACAGAAGUCCAGGAUAUACACGCCUAUGGACCACUCACCCAUGAAGCCCAAACCGCCCACCUACGGCUUCCAUUACCCUUACGACUGGCCUAAAAACCAAUCACAUCACCUAGACCAGACGGGAUACCGCUCCAAGCGCAAGCCUCCACUCAAAACUGCCAUGAAGACCAAGAAGAUCUUCGGCUGGGGAGACUUCUACUUCAACGUCAAGACCCUCAAGUUCAGCCUGUUGGUGACGGGGAAGAUUGUGGACCAUGUCAACGGCACGUUCACUGUCUACUUCCGCCACAACUCCUCCAGCCUGGGAAACGUCUCCGUCAGCAUCGUGCCGCCAUCCAAGGUGGUGGAGUUUGAGGUCCUUCAGCAGCAGCAGAGCUCCCUCCAUCAGCCAGAAAUCCAUUUUCACCAGCCUCAUCAGUCCACCAUCGACCCCAAGGACAUCAAGACCUUCAACUGUCGCGUGGAAUACGAGAAGACCAACCGCUCCAAGAAGCCCAAACCCUGCCUGUAUGACCCGUCUCAAACGUGCUUCACCGAGCACACCCAGUCCCAUGCCGCCUGGCUCUGCGCCAAGCCCUUCAAAGUCAUCUGCAUCUUCAUCUCCUUCUUCAGCAUCGACUACAAGCUGGUGCAGAAGGUCUGCCCGGACUACAAUUUUCAGAGUGAACAACCUUACUUUGGAUGAGUAGUAGCAUACUGAAGGAAGGAGAGGGUUGACCCAAGAAUGGGAUGUUGUCGUGUGUCGUGUGUCUCUUCCACGUUCUUGAGAUUUCGUUGAAAGAAUGUGGAACAUGUAAGAAAUGGUCAACACACUGGGCACUCCACCAAGACGCUUGGAAAAGGCUUUUGUUCUGAGUUUUAUUUGUAUAUACUGUAAACAAAACCAAAUCAGUUAAGCUAUUAAUAUUUAUUUAUUGUUUUUUUGUUGACUUUUGUCUGUUUGACUGUUAGAAAUAAUUUUGGAAGAAUGAAAGGGAACAUGAGAUUUUUGUAUUAUUCCUUUAUAUGACCCUGCACACUCUGAAGUCUCGUAGUAUUAGGGUUGUAUGUGAAGCUGAUCACAGCACUGAUUGUAACAGCAUUGGAAACUGGAACUGCUGGCGGAUUGUUGUGGUUCAUACUCAAAUACAUUUCACAUAAUAUUUUACUGUUUAGAAGCUGAAGUUCAGUAGCGAGCUGCACCCAGGCUUGUCAUAUUAUCAUGCUAGGCACCAUUUUAGUUUUGCUACCAUGUCAGUUUUGCAAAAUGAAAUGUCUCACGGGUGCGUAGUC